UAUCACCAAAGAGAAAUACUAUCUUCUUUUAAGAUUGGAAACUUCCCCGAAACCAACCUCCUAACAUCAUCACACGCCGCUUCAAGCCCACUUUCUACUGUAUCAACAGCCACGUACCCACCGUUUUUUCUUCUACGACCACUGACUUCAUGUUGCAGAGUUUCAGUUCUUCUCUUUGAGGUGACUUCUGAUGGUCUACUAUUUCUGCUAAAGAAUCUCCAUAAAUUAUAGAGUCGAUGGGUGGGAAAAGUUCAAAAAGAUCAAUUUCGAGACAAUCUUCACAUUUAGGGUCUAGUUCAUAUUCAUGGGGUCAUCAUGACCAGUCACAGAUACCAUAUGCUCAACCAGCCCCAGGCUACCUGCCACAGCAGCAUUAUAACCAUCCACCUCCAACUUAUGGUGGCCAGAACCCUGGGUCCAAAAGGAAGUAUUCAAAAAUAGAAGAUAAUUACAAUUCCCUGGAUCAGGUUACUGGUGCCCUGGCACAGGCAGGCCUGGAGUCCUCAAACCUCAUUGUUGGCAUUGAUUUCACAAAGAGUAACGAGUGGACAGGUGCAAGAUCAUUCUAUCGGAGAAGUUUGCAUCAUGUUGGAGAUGAUCAAAAUCCCUAUGAGCAAGCAAUAUCAAUCAUUGGGAAAACAUUGUCUAAGUUUGAUGAUGAUAACUUGAUUCCCUGUUUUGGAUUUGGAGAUGCAUCGACGCAUGAUCGAGAUGUCUUCAGUUUCUAUUCAGAUGAGAGAUUUUGUAAUGGAUUUGAGGAAGUCUUGAAACGCUAUAGAGAAUUAGUCCCUCAUCUACGACUUGCAGGACCAACAUCUUUUGCUCCCAUCGUUGAAAUGGCCAUCACUAUUGUUGAGCAAAGUGGUGGCCAGUAUCAUGUUUUAUUGAUAAUAGCUGAUGGUCAGGUGACAAGAAGUGUAGAUACUGAGCAUGGCCAGCUAAGUCCUCAGGAAAAGAGAACUGUUGAAGCCAUUGUGAAAGCAAGUGAGUAUCCGCUGUCAAUAAUAUUAGUUGGGGUUGGAGAUGGACCAUGGGAUAUGAUGAAGGAAUUUGAUGAUAACAUGCCUGCCCGAGCCUUUGAUAAUUUCCAGUUUGUAAAUUUUACAGAGAUUAUGUCAAAGAAUAUGGAUAGAUCCAGAAAAGAAACAGAGUUUGCUCUUUCAGCCUUAAUGGAAAUACCCUCUCAGUAUAAAGCAACAAUGGAGCUUAAUAUAUUGGGUUCUCACAGGGGGAAGGCUAUAGACAGGGUCCCUCUCCCCCCUCCUCUUUAUGGUGCAAAUUCUUUCAGCUACUCAAAACCUCCGCAAUCAAGCAGCUUCCAACCAAGUGCACCUUCCUCUGAUCAACAUAGUGCAUCAAUUCACACUUCUGCACCUGCAAGUUCAUUGGCAGAUAAUAAUGUUUGUCCCAUUUGUCUUACCAAUAAAAAAGACAUGGCCUUCGGUUGUGGGCAUCAGACAUGCUGUGAAUGUGGACCCGACCUUGACUUAUGCCCCAUUUGCCGGAGCCCCAUCCAAACUAGGAUAAAGCUCUAUUAAUUGGUAUCUAGUCUUCUCGGGGAUGCCAAACUGCUGUAAGCUAAACUUCUCAGACUGCAAGUUCUUAUCAAGUCCUCCAGGCGAUUAAUGUGGUUUUGGAUGCUGAUGAAUUCAUGAUUCAGCCAGAAUAAAUUCUCUACUCUGUACAUAUUUAUUAGUUUGUUGACCUAUAGGCAUGUUUCUCGAUACUUAGUGUGAUGAUGUUAUGAACUUGAAGUGAGUUACAGAACAUUCUGUUGCAAAUGUCUGGUUUGAUAGUUGAAUUAGGAUUCCAUUUUGACAUCAGAAACGCUGUAAUAAGCCUAUAGUUCACCAAAUUGAAUGAUUGGCAUCCUUAUUUCUGAACUCCAA